GCCAGCGCGGAGCCCAGUCGAUCACAGGCUGGCGGACGGGAGAGGUGCUCCCGCGUGAACAGCUCGGACACACCACGCGCCACUGGGCCAGACGCGCGAGUGCCGCUGACCUUGGUGCUGGAAAGUCGCGCAGCCGAAAGAGCCCCGACCGACACUGCGCUGGGUGACGGAUAAACGUGUGCCUAACAAUUAAGAAUUCAUUCAGUUCAGUUAUUGAUGCAACAAAGGAUAUUUCUUUUUUGAUUUUUCGAAAUCGUGAUAAAAACCCUCAUAUUUUUGAUGGAAAAUUAAGUCAAUGUUUCUUGUCUUGAAGAGAAAAAUAUUUUAUCAAAACAAAUAGUUGAGCUACGAAGAUAUGGCGUUGCGUGCGCAUGCUGAGCACAGGCGAAGCGGAGAGUGUGUGUUUGUGACCAGGCGCCAGCGCUCCACUGGUUUCUCUCAUAUGUAGGCGUUUUCUCACACACACCGUGAGCCACCCGUUCCAACGCUACACCCUCGAGCUUCGUUCCUCCUCAGUAGCAAACACCACUGUGCUGUCUUUCUCUGGUCGGUCGGUCGGUUCGGUCGCCAUGCACCGUAAUAUGACACUUUAACGUAAAACAAAGAAGCACCAAAGGAAUAUUCACGUUUGGACAUGGAGCCCGCACCUGCACCCGCACCCGAAGCCCGGGGCUUCACCCCCAAUAAAGAGGGGUUCAAACAGCUCGCGGGGAAGGCACUGGGCCGUAUGUACAGAGUGCUCGAGAAGCGACAGAAGCCCGGAGAUAACAUCGAGCUGACGGAAGAUGGCCGCCCAUCCGCUCCCAAGGAGAAGAAGAAACCCCUGCUCGACUGCACGUGCUGCGGGCUCCCGCGCCGCUACAUCAUCGCCAUCAUGAGUGGCCUGGGGUUCUGUAUCUCCUUCGGCAUCCGCUGCAACCUGGGCGUGGCCAUCGUCAGCAUGGUCAACAACAGCACAAUCCACCGGGAUGGCAAAAUUAUCAUCACGGAGAAAGCGGCGUUCAACUGGGACCCGGAGACGGUUGGGAUGAUCCACGGAUCUUUCUUCUGGGGUUACAUCGUCACGCAGAUCCCGGGAGGCUGGAUAUCCUCGAGAUUGGCGGCAAACAGGUGUGUUUGUGUGUGUGAGUUCGUUAGCAGGCACCACAACCGGAAUAGUGCAACCAUUGCAUUUAAUGAGAACGAGUCUCAUAUUUGACAAAGUCUUUUACUGUUAAAAGACAAAACAUUAUGGUUUAUCAUUAAUACUAUGGUAUUUACAGUGCAAAACCAGGGCCCUUACCCCCAUGAGACACUCGA